AUGCUGUUCAUCGUUACACUGAGCAGCACCCUCAAGUCAACCGAGAUGCUGUUCAACGUUACACUGAGCAGCACCCUCAGGUCCACCGAGAUGCUGUCCAGCGUUACACUGAGCAGCAUCCUGAAGUUCACAGGGGUGCUGUUCAGCGUUAUACAGAAAAACAUCCUGACACAAAUUUACAAAAAGCUGUUCGAUGAAGAGAAGGAUAGGAAGAAAUGGUGUUGCGGUGAGGGAUCUUAUAAAGUCCAUAAUUUACCUCCUCUGGACGCCAGUUUCUAUUCUAACCGUCUGUUCAUCGAACGAGCCCGUGCCUACAAUGACUUGUUUGCCUUCUGCGCUCUCGAGGUGACUGGGGGGUACCGUCAUCCUUCAGGCCUCGCCUUCUUUAAGAUCGAAGGUAAGAUGUACCACCAGGUUCACAGUCUGGACGCUCCAGGUCAAAAGUUUAGGACCAAGGGAGGUGAUGUCCAAUUGAGUGAUGAGCCUUCAGUCAACGCUCAUUUGGAAUUUGAAGUGACCAGCAGAUCUACCCAUGGCCCUGUUCUUGGAGAUAGGCAAACAGGCAUUGAAGUGCACGCUGUAUUGAGCAAUGAAGACACCAUAACUGAUCCAAGAAAAUUGACCAUCUGGAAGAAGAGUGAUAGGCGUCUGUCUUCCGUUGACCUCUUUAGCCCCUUAAUGGAGCCUUUCCAAUAUCCGUUGCUCUAUCCUCAAGGUAAUUUAGGGUGGCAUAUUGGGCGCUUAGACAACCACGGGGGGAAACUUUCACAAUACAAUUACUCUAGAUGUCUCCUCCUCUCCGAUCCCCGUUUCUCGCAUUUCGGCAGGCUGUCUCAAGCAUGGCAGGUCGAGAUGUUCGCGAGGUACGAGGAGGAGCGUCUAAGAUUUAUUCGUUUCUCCCAAACGCGUUCUGCUGCUCAAAAUUCCUUGAGGAUAGGACCACUGGACGAGCUCCUUGAAGCUCAACGGGGUAGGCAAGCUGGUGGGCAGGUUUUAGGCGACAUCACCCGCGAUGAAACAGUCUUGGGUGAGGGUGGGGUGCAGGCUGGAAAAGUUUACCUCCCAAGUUCGUUUACCGGUGGACCCAGAUACAUGAAGGUACAUUACGAGAACGCAAUGGGCCUUGUGUCUCGUCUGGGUUCACCUACGUUUUUCCUGACGUUCACCUUCAGUGCUACUUGGGAGGAAAACAAGAAGGCCUGCCCUCACAACAGCGGGCGCAGUGACCCCUCAACAGCCUGCAGAAUCUUCCAGAUUAAACUUGGCGAACUCCUCCGAGAUCUGCGCAGCGGAGCAAUGUUUAGCCGUCCGACAUCCCUUCGGAGGAGGAAGCCGCUGGAAAGACUCAGGAAGUUGGUGCUGAAACACAUGAUUCAUGGUCCAUGUGGUACUGACCACCGCACCGACUUCCUGUGCUGGGACUCUGCAAAGGGGCACUGCAACAAGUUCUACCCCAAGCCUGCCUGCCAAACCACCCACGUGGACGAGAGGGGGUUCGUCCAAUACAAACGAGACUACACAAACGAAGGCUUUAUCACAUCACGGAGGAGACAGAUCAAAGUGCAUGAUGGCUGGGUCGUUCCGUACAAUUCCGCAUUACUGCUCAAAUACGAGGCGCACAUAAACUUGGAGCUUGCUUCUACUCGUCGCGUAAUCAAGUACCUCUUUAAGUACCUCAUGAAAGGCGGUUCUCUCCAGAACGUAACCGUCACUCCCCUGGGGAAACAAGAGGAUGAGGUCGAGCAUUACGUGACGAAGAGAAUGGUGGGUGCCAGCGACGCAUGCUGGCGUCUUCUCGACUUUCCUGUGUCAAAGCUCGAGCCCACCGUUGAGUGUCUUCCCGUGCAUUUAGAGGGAAAACAAAGUGUUGUCUUUCGGCCGAGACAGCUCUCUGAUGCAGUCACUCAAGCAAGCUCCAAGCUUAUGGUCUACUUCAAUCGCCCGCACCAUGAAACUUUUGACAAUGUCACGUACCAGACAUUUUACGAGAAGUUCAUGGUGCACACUAAGCGCCCACGUACUGCGGAAUUGUACGAACACCCCGAUGGCCAUCACUUUGUAACGACUCGCCAGCGUGGUGAGAAGGUAUGUAGGUUGAUGUGGGUCUCUCCCAACCGAGGAGAACAAUACUACCUUCGUAUUCUACUUAUGUCUACACCUUGCCGUGGUUACGUUGAUCUUCUGGCUCGUGGCGGUCCUGGUUGCCGGACGUUUCAGGACGUUUCAGGACGUAGCCCGCAAUCUCGGCGGCCUGGUGGAAGACGAAGAAGAAUACAAUCACGCGCUGCGCGAGGCAUCUACGUUUAUGACUGGACCUAG